AUGUCGACGACGUCCAGCGCGCAAGAGGGCAGCGGCUACGCUUCCCCCGACGCAGGCUCCGAGACCGCAGAAGAGGGCGAUGAUGAGACCCCUCACGUGAACGGAGAUGACGGUCCCGGAACUGACGACAACAACCCCGACCGCAAGCGGCGAAAACUAUCUGCAUCUGAGCACACACGCGAGCUAGGCAAGGAAGAUCGGAUGGAGCGCUACGCGAAAGCCCGCAUCCGGGAUGCAAACAAGAACAGAACCUUUGAGGAAGUAUCGUCGAAACCGCACAAGAGAGGCGGCAGAGGCAGCUCGAGAUCCAGAGCUUCUGUACAAGUCUCGCGCUCACGGUCCAAGUCCCCGGCUACAAGUCAACUGCAGCCUUCGCGUGUGGGGAAGAGGUUGCGAAGACGGCCGCAGAGGUGGGAAGGGGCGAACGAGAGAAGGGAACAGAGGACUGCAAGAUCGACAGCUGCGGCGUCUUCGCGGUCGCGUGAUAUGGACCUCGCGUCAAGGGAAUCGGAUGGUGAGCAAACAGCGUCGGAUUCGUCGAUGCAUUUUGAGCCUGAGCCUCCAAGUAUUGACGAUCCGAUUGCCGAAAUGGCGAGGGCAUUGGCAAGAUGUAGUGCCGAACAUGGUCCGCGUGCGGUUGUGGAUUCGUUUCACACCUGGCAAUUGCAAGCUGUUUCGAAACAGGCUGCGCAGCAGAAGGCUUUGCACGUUUUCUUGAAAAGAAAGCAGAGGAAACGAGCGGCGAGAACACCUGAGCUUGCACGCCUGGAAAGCGAGGCGUUGCGCAACGCCCGUACGGCGACAGUGAGGGCGAAGGCAGAGAAAGCGGAGCGCGAAGACGAGGAGGAGGAUGAUGACGACGUCAAGAAGCCUGAAAAUGCAUCUGAGAGUGAAGCAGAAGAAGAUCGCUGCUAUGUGCCCUCGAAAAUACGACUCCCUCUUGAGGCAUACCUUCCAAGGCGAGUGAGGGCAGAUAAGAUCCCGAUCACUCCUGAGAAAGUUUUCGAGCUAUUGCCGCGUCCUGGUCGAUUGCCAGAGGGAACUAAAGAGGAAAGAGAUGAAAAUGGAUGGGUCCACGUUGAGACCGUGAAAACACCGUCGCUACUGAACAAACAAAAAGCCCCAACGUCAAAACAAAAGCCCACUCGUGCCACAUAACAUGUAAAGCUGGACCUGAAUGAGAUUAUGGCUAUGUCUUGUUGCUUCUAUUGCUCUGUUGAUCGUGUGGUUUCACCAGCCUGUCUACAAUGACUGCAGAUGUUAAAAGCAGCUAGCAGUUUUGAGGCUAGCCUAUCGUUUUCUCUGUCGCUAGCGAACGAGAGCCA